CCAAGCUAACAAGUAUUUGUGAGGAGAGAGAAAGAAAGAGAGAGAGGGUGAAAGGGAGGGAGAGAGAGGAAAGGGGUGAGCAGAAGCAGAAGAGAAUCAGGCAGUGAGGGACCUCAGAGUAUGAGCAUAUAGAAUUAAUGCGGAAAGAAAGAAGGCAUAAGAUAGCGAUAGAAACAGAGGUGCUCAGUGCUGCACAAUAGUGCCAGAAGCUGCUUUUAAAAAAGAAAGAGAGAGAGCUGGCAUCAUGGCAACGCUCACUGCAUCAUCACGACACAUGGGGAUGUUUGGCUGCUGCUGGUGAAUACUGUGUGAUGCAGAGGAGAGAGUCAAAUAGGACUUCCUGGAAACCAAAGGCAAGCUAAGGAAACAGGUCUAACCAGUUGGAGGAACCACAGGAUGAGUGGGAUCCUGAAGAGGAAGCUUGAUGAUGACCCCGCCCCUUAUUUGUCAGUGCAAGGGUCUGAUGAUGAUGAGGUAUCCUGCAGUGACAGUGGUAACAGCAGUGACAGCCUCAACCAUUCUGUCCCCUCCAGCUUGCUGGAUGCCUCCAUCCAGCAGCAGUCAAAGCGACUACGAGGUCAUAAUGUGCACUUUGAAAGCGUCACAGUCUACUAUUUCAACCGGCGGCAGGGUUUUACCAGUGUACCCACACAGGGAGGCAGCACCCUGGGGAUGUCACCACAUCACAGUGGGGUGAGGCAAUUCACUCUCAGGGAGUUUGCCAUGGAACAGAAACGGAGCCACCGGAAGAUGUUGAGGGACCAUCUGAAAGAGGAGAAACUUAAUGCCAUCAAACUCAAACUGACCAAGAAUGGUACUGUGUCAUCUUUGGAAGCAGAUACACUCACAAUCGAUGACAUUUCUGAAGAUGACCUGGAUGUGGACAACACAGAGGUGGACGAUUACUUUUUCCUCCAGCCUCUGACUACUAGAAGGCGCCGUACUCUUCUCCGUGCCUCUGGUGUCCGUCGCAUUGAUGUGGAAGAAAAGCACGAAUUGCGUGCCCUGCGCAUGUCCCGGGAGGAGUGUGGGUGUCGCUGCCAGGGAAUAUGUGAUCCUGAGACCUGUGCUUGCAGCCUGGCCGGCAUUAAGUGCCAGGUGGAUCGCAUGUCCUUCCCUUGUGGCUGCACCAAGGAAGGCUGCAGCAACACCACGGGACGCCUGGAGUUCAACCCGGUCCGGGUGCGCACCCACUUCCUGCACACUAUCAUGAAGCUGGAGCUGGAGAAGGGCCGCGAGGAGCACUAUCAGCAGCCAGAGCAGCUUGUAACCAAUGGCAACAGUUACCACGGAGACUCCACCUUGGUCCAGCAGCAGCAGCCAAACCUGCAGUUUCCACUGAUGAGCAGCACGCAGCACAUUCACAUCAUGCAGCUUCAGAACACAGGUGACACUGAGUCACAUCUGGAUGAGGAAGAAGAGGAAGACGACGAGGAAGAAGAAGAUGAAGCUUAUGAUGAAGAUGGCAGCAGUGUUUGCAGUGGGCUGUCGGACUGCAGCACACACAGCUUGGAAACAAUUGACCCUGAGGAGGGAGAAGAAGAUGAGGAGGAUGAGGAUGAGGAAGAUGAUGAGGAAGAAGAGGAGGAGGAGGAAGAAGAAGAAGGUGAUGAAGACGAUGAGGAGGAAGAGUGGGAUUGUUCACUACAUGGAACAAAUCCUGCACCCUACUCUGUUCCACUUCCUUCUGUGAUGAGUUACUCUAACAGCACACUCAUGAACCUCAGUAACCUCUUCCACACCACUCCACCCAUGCAGCACUAUCAAAGAAACAGCUCUGUGAGCGACACGCCUGCUUUCCACAGUGAAAAUGUCAGCAGCACACCCACGCUCCCCACAGUAGAGUCUGCAUUAGAACUAAACACAGAACUCCACUGCCAAACAGAGCAGCACAGCACUCCUCGCCAUUUCUCGGAGUCCCUGCCACUCCAAACUUGCUCACAUGUAGAGACGCGUGAUGCUAACACUGCCCCUGCUGGUGUACUUGAUGAACAACCUCAUUCAACAGACCUCCGGAACAAUCCAGACUGUCAUGACACUCAGGCUGAGCAUCCUGCUGAGUCUGAGGAGCAGACAGGGGAGGAGAGAGCAGAGCCUGCACAGGAGGAAACAGGACCGCAGACACAUGGUCAAAUGACAUCAUCAAAGAGUGUCUGAAAAGAGAGAUCAGUUAACAUGUGGAAAUAUGCGGUCAAGAAUUGAAGUUUGCUUUAUUCAUGAUAAACGCACUUUCAAAGACAGAAUGAGUCACGUAUUUGACACAGAAAAAGACAGAUAGAUGGUACAGUGCUGUGAACAUUUGUCUUCUUUACAUUUUUCAGACAUCAGUAAAUAAACAAUAAAGUUUAGAAAUUAUGAUUUCAGUUAUUAAGGGAAAAAAGGUAUCCAGGUCUCUAUUGUCAACAAUAAGAAAGACAGUAUUGCAAAGAUAGCAUCUGUGAGAUAGUUCCAAAGAGAAAAUCAUCGCUAACCAAAGAGACAUUAGAAUUUGCCAAUAAACAUCUUGGUGAACCACAUGAUUGGUGAUUUUUGGUGAAAUACUCUGUGGGCUGACAAGACCAAAGUUGAAAUUGUUGGAGGUUUGAGUCCUAUUACAUAAAAAUAACACAGCAUGUUAUAGAAAGAACAUCAUACUAACUGACAAACAUGGUACUGGUAGAGUGAUGGUUUGGGCCUUCUUGCUGCUUCAGGACCUUGACGACUCCAAAAAUCCUAAAUAUCUGGCCAUCCGUUUGUGGCCUGAGGCUCACUCGGGUUAUACUGCAGGACAAAGAUCCAAAACACAUCAGUAAAAACUCUGAAUGGCUAAAUAAAAAUCCCCAAAUGAUGUUUUUGGAGUCGCCGAGGUGCUGAGGAGUGAUUGAGGUGCUUUGGCAUGAGCUUAAAUGCUCAAAAAAACCAUUCACUGUUGCUGAAUUCAAACAAUUCUGCAAAGAAAAGCAAGUUUGAAUUCCUCCACAGCAAUGUGAAAGACUCAUUACCAGUUAGUGUAAAUGUGUGAGUGCAGUUCUUGCUGCAGAGGGCGGCACAACCAGUUUUUAGGUUUAGGACGCAAUUAUUUUUUCACAUGGU